AUGGCCCCAACUCUUUCACUCCCUACUCUCGCAGACGACGCUGCUAAGGGUAUCUCCGAAUCCCCGUUGGCCUCGAACAUUGGUUUUGGCCACUCAAUGCUACAGUACUUUUCAUUUGAGCCCGGAUACAUCAACCUCAACAAUGGUUCAUUUGGGUCCCUCCCCAAGCCGGUGGCUGAGUUUUGUGUGCAACAUGCUGCCAGGGUUGAAGCGAAUCCGGACAGAUAUCAUCGUCUCGAGUUUGCGGAGCUCCUCACAGCUGCGCGCGCUCGUGUUGCCAGACUGAUCGGAGCAGACACGGACGAAUGCGUGUUUGUUCCGAGCACCACUGCAGGCAUCAACACAAUCCUACGGAACAUUGAAUGGAGUUCAGGCGAUGUAAUCAUUAAAUUCUCAACAACUUAUCAAGGGGUGGAACGGGUUGCUAGAUACAUAGCCGACACUCAUUCCGAAGUGACGCUAUCAACCGUGGAGUUGACAUUUCCCAUCUCUCAUCAAGAGAUUGUAAAACGCUUCCGAGAACACGUUGUUGGGGUCAAGGCAAGCUGUCACAGCUCAUCGAGGGUCUACGCCAUAAUCGACUCGGUCGUAUCGCACCCGGGUGUUGCUUUGCCCUGGAAACAGAUGACCCAAAUCUGUCGCGAAGAGGGCGUCUGCAGCAUUAUUGACGCAGCCCACUCCAUUGGCCAGGAGAUGAACAUAGAUCUGGCAUCUGCGCAGCCAGACUUUUGGGUAUCGAACUGCCACAAAUGGCUUUUCGCCAAACGUGGUUCUACCGUUUUAUAUGUGCCGAAGCGGAACCAACACAUCAUCAAGUCUGCGCUGGUAACAUCCUGGGACUACCCCUCCCCUAAGGAGUCUGCUCCUGCUGCGUACGAUACUGGUUUCGUUCUCCAACAUGAAUGGCCGGGUGCGAUCGACUUUUCGCCUUACCUGAGUGUCUGUGCUGCGAUGGACUUCCGCGAGAAGAUCGGUGGCGAACAGGCGAUCAACGACUAUUGCCACAAGCUGGCACUGGAGGGCGGCCGGAAAUUAGCUUCUGCUCUUGGAGGUUGUGUCCUCGACGAGUCACCUUCUGCGGAUUUGACACUCAACAUGGUGAAUGUACAACUACCGCUUCCUCCGACAACAUCGAAAGAGCUCCAGGGAAAGAUCGAUAGCUUUCUGGAAUACGAGCUGUUACAUAAACACAACGUAUCCUCCGUGCACUUCUGCCACGGUGGUUCGUGGUGGGUGCGCUGCAGUGCUCAAAUUUGGAACGAGGGUUUUCAGCGAAGUCUACCGCACCUUGGCCGUAUCUGGCGGUCUGACCAGCUGUUCCUGAGGAGUCUGGAGGGCCCACAACGACCACCGCUCGGAGCUCAGGCUGCCAAACUCGAGAAGCUCCUUGACGCAGAUGUGCUCAGCAGUGCAGAGGGUGAUCUGAUGAUCACAGGACCCGCUCUGUGCCUCUACUUUGCUGCGUUGCGAUGCACGACGAACCCCCCUUCUGUGCCGUUGCCUCGGUCCAAGACCUCGCCACAUAUGGAUCUAUCGCCUUCAAACUGCCCGCCUGCUUUUGUCGGGUUCCUCCGUGUUUGGUCAAACGUUGUCCAACCGAUCCAGUCCCUGGUGCCAGAACAGCAGCACGACCUGGCUCGUAUUAUUUGUGGGCUCGAACCAAUUUCGCAGCAAGUUAACCCAUCUAUCAAUGGGAUUGCUGCGGACCUCCGUGCAGUAGCUAUUGAAAUCAGUCAACGGCGGAGCUUUCAGAAUCGAUACGCAUCUGAUUUGCAAGCUGCUUUGGACUCCGGUGCUGGGCAGAGUGACCCAAGGAGCAGGAAAGCGUCGUUUGUCCCCCCUCCAUCAUACGAAGCUGCUUCACCACCGCCUUCCCCUCGGCGAUCGCACGACGAAGCCCCACCACUACCGAAACGAACCUCCGCCCAGUACGCCGAUAAGACUUUACCUGUCCCGUCCUCAUCGCUGCUUUCGCCAACCUCUUCAAUAUCGAGCUUCGCAUCAUCAACUUCCUCGACUCCAUCCAUAUUAACACCAGAAACGCCUGCCAUCGAAUUGAUCCGUGAAACCCUUUACGCAGCUCUCGGUGAUGUCCUCGAGAGUCAUUCAUCCCUUCGCAAGCUUCUCAAGCGCGAUGCCCCUCGGGCGUAUUUUGCCUCAGUAGGCUUUGCCAUCUUGUACACGGCUGAAAACGCCAUUACCCCAGAUGGGCAAGGGAUAAGAGGUGUCCUUGGAACCACAUUGACGCUAGACGAAUGCCCUACAGAAUUGCGGCCAUUUAUGACCGAACUGCUAGGUAUCGGCUCGCAGGCGAAGAGUAUAACGGAAGACGACGACACCGAGGCGAUGAAGCUCAUAGGGGAAGGAAAGGAGGUACCCCUGCCGAGACUCGAACGAGCGAGGAAGAUGCUCGAAGAGGGUGUUGGCUGGUCGUCUGAACGAAAUGCGAAUGGCGAAGGGCGUCGGAGUGUAGAGGGACGAGCCGUUGCUUUUGUCAACAGGAUCAAUGGCCUGGCUCUGGGGAUGUCACGCUUGCGUGCCUUCAGAGAGAGGCAGGAUGACGUCUUCAAAGUGCUGGCUGGAAUUACCUCGUAG